CCCUGCGCCCAGCAGUCAGGACUCUGAGAUCGUUGGAGGCUCUGGGAACCUUAACUCUGUAGCCAGCCGCACCAGCAAGGUUUCCUUGGGAUCAGGCUUGCAAAGUGACAUCUCUCCUUUCUCUUUCUCCCGCUUGAGUACUUCUGAGAUGACGGCUUUGGGCACUGUAGGAGCUGCUCGGUUCUUGGUCGCCCUGAUAGCAGCAGUUCUUUGCAGCCACUCUCUGCAGGGUGUGAGCGCCACCUUGAACUCGGUUCUGGUCAAUUCCAACGCUAUUAAGAACCUGCCCCCACCACUGGGCGGCGCUGCCGGGCACACAGGCUCUGCAGUCAGCGCUGCACCAGGAAUUCUGUACGAGGGCGGGAACAAGUACCAGACCCUUGACAACUACCAGCCUUACCCGUGCGCCGAGGACGAGGAGUGCAGCACCGACGAGUACUGUGCAAGUCCCACCCGCGGAGGGGGCGCCAGCGUGCAAAUCUGUCUCGCCUGCCGGAAGCGCAGAAAACGCUGCAUGCGUCACGCAAUGUGCUGCCCAGGGAACUACUGCAAAAAUGGAAUAUGUAUGCCUUCUGAUCAUAGUCAUUUCCAUAGAGGGGAUAUUGAGGAAACGAUCAUUGAAAGCUUUGGUAAUGAUCACAGCACCUUGGAUGGGUACUCCAGAAGAACCACCCUGUCUUCAAAAAUAUAUCACACCAAAGGACAAGAAGGUUCUGUCUGUCUCCGAUCAUCAGACUGUGCCACAGGUUUGUGUUGUGCUAGACACUUCUGGUCCAAGAUCUGUAAACCUGUCCUCAAAGAAGGUCAAGUAUGCACCAAGCACAGGAGAAAAGGCUCCCAUGGGCUGGAGAUAUUCCAGCGCUGUUACUGUGGAGAAGGUCUGUCUUGCCGGAUACAGAAAGAUCACCAUCAAGCCAGUAAUUCUUCUAGGCUUCACACCUGUCAGAGACACUAAACCAGCUGUCCCAACACAGUGGACUCCUUUUAUAUAAUAUAUGCUAUGAAAAUCUUUUAUGACUUUUGUCAGCUCAAUCCUAAGGAUGAACAAAUUUUGUGGUUAUAGUUAAGCAUUCCGAUAAUACCUUC